GCUAAAGACUGGCUUUGCCUCAUAGAGGGGCUGGUCACCAGUCUACUAACCAACAACAACAUAACUCAAGCCCGGAGUCGAACAGAUGUCUCAAGAAUUUCAAAGCCUCGAUGAAGCUGUGCGUAACAUACAGCUGGGUGAAGUCCAGAAAGAUAGACAGGGCGAUUCUGGACAUACCAAACGGUCCGAACGGCAGCAUAUCAAUAUAACCCUUCCACCACCGAAGCGCACCUGUCAGAUGUAUGGCUACUGCGUACCCUAUAAGUGGCUUUAUGAGAAGGGUAUCUUCCUCUUCGCUAAGGCACACCCCGACCUUCCCACCGAUGAGGCCGGUAACAACGUAGACCCCCUAUACAGCUUCUCAACAUAUUUCGGAAUUGAUUCAUUGGGUGUGCGUUCGGCAAUUGUACCUCCUGGACAGACGGUUCCAGCGGAUUGCAUAGAAGAUGGAUUCAUUAGCGUGUUGUACAUCUUCAACGACCAACCUGACAAUUAUCGUUGGCGCCCCACUCAGAAGCAGGUUGAUGAACUUACCAAGUUCAUGGGUAGGGAGCCACAGUGGUGGGUAGGCCAUUUGCCAGAAAGCUACUUCGAAUGAUGAGUGAUUGAAUCCGUGGAGGACCAAUCGCAGAGAUUGGACUGGGCGAUUAGGGAGCAAACCCAUGCAGCGUAGAGCACUGGUUCUGUCAGAUAGGCAGGAAUUUUGUGCCCUUGCAGUUGAUGCAGGCGGGGUACAUACAUACGCACUUUCCAUCGAUGCAGUACCUAUUCAAAUGUCAUUUUAUCUCUCUGACUGGCCAUAGCGCUCUUGAGCAGGCCCAACACGUGGUAGAAUUUUCUGCGCGCGGUGUAUCUUGUUGCGCAUGGGUCUUCAGCGACCGAC